AUGGCAUUGAGCAAGGGAUACAUGGACCUUGUGUCUACCAACGGUUCUUUGACGCCUCUUUUCACGGAACCAGCCACCCAAGACGCCCCCGCAGCUCCGGCUGGUGCCCAGCCUGUUUCUGUUUACCCAAAUCCGUCAACCCCGACCGGCCCUGAGCCUGGUACCAUCCAAGAUCCAAAGGACAUCGCCCCUGACAGCCCGAGGGACCAGCACAAGCCUGCUGCGUCUCAAGCGGAUCUCGCACCAGCACCAGCCUGUCCCUGUCCAGAUCGUCACCUCCUCCUCCACAUUGGUGGAUGGGCUACCGACAAUACCGAAAUCAUUGCGGACCAACUCUUCAUGCCAACCGAGCCAGCCACUUGA